AUGGUACACAAAAUAAAACAACAUCGUAGAAAAAAUUUAAAAACAAACUUCAACCUUUUUAUGCACUUAAUAAAUGAAGUCAUCUCCAAAUUAUAUUUCCCCGUGAAUAAUGUUUUACUUAUGGGGGACAACAGGACGGACUUGACAGAUAUUUACAAAACGGUUCGACGUAAAUACAACAUACAUGAUGUACUCUCCAAGGUGCAAAAUCUCACUCAGAAGAAAGACGUUUAUGAACACUAUCGCGCCUACUUGCUUUAUAAGUAUAAGACCACCUACUCCGUUUGUGACGAGCUUUUUAAGACGCACCAAAUGGGGGACAACAUAAAUAUCUUCAAUUUUAAAAAUUUUUACAAUACGGACUUUGGGGGGGAUAAGUUUUCCGUCAUACGGGCUGGGGAAGGGGACGAACAGGAGGAGGGAGCAGACGGUGCAAACGGGGAGGAAAAAGCGGACGGAGUUGAUGGAAUGGGUGGAGCCGAGGCCCCGGCUGAGGAGACGCCCCUCGAGCGGGCCAAGCGGAUCGCCCGCGAGAAGAAGCAGAAGCUCAUGGAAAGCAGAAUUAAGAUUAUAUGA